AUGGGCGUCUCUGGUAAUACAGGCCCCGCACCGUUCAAUCCUGCUCUCAAGGCAUCAGUUACCUUCGAGACCAAGGAUGCUAACAAACUCGCCGGCGAGACGCUUGGUGUCGAUGCCUAUGGCUGGCUUCAUCGUGGGGCCAUCGCCUGUGCCCUCGAGCUUGCCCAAGGCAAGCCCACCCGCAAAUAUGUCGAUUUCGCCAUGCACCGUGUACGAAUGCUGCGCCAUUUCGGUGUCACGCCUUAUCUUGUCUUCGACGGCGACUUCCUCCCCAGCAAAGCGAUGACUGAAGGCUCUCGUGCCAAACGCAGAGACGAUAGCAAGAAGCUGGGAAUGGAACUGCUUAAAGCCGGCAAAAAUUCACAGGCCUUUGCGGAAUUUCAAAAAUCGAUUGACGUAACCCCCGAGAUGGCUCGCAACCUCAUCGAUGAGCUCAAGAAGAUCCACGUCGAGUACGUCGUGGCACCAUACGAGGCUGACUCGCAGCUCGUCUACCUCGAACGUCAGGGAAUCAUCGGUGGUAUCUUGUCAGAAGACUCUGAUCUACUGGUGUUUGGCUGCAAGCGAUUGUUGACCAAGCUCGACCAGUACGGCAACUGCAUCGAAAUCAACCGCCGUGACUUUGCCGCCUGCCGAGAGGUGUCCCUUACUGGAUGGACGGACGCAGAGUUUCGACGCAUGGCCAUCUUGAGCGGCUGUGAUUACCUUGCCGGUGUUAGUAAUAUGGGCUUGAAGACGGCAUACCGCAUGGUUCGACAGCACAAGACACCUGAACGUCUCGUCCGCAUGAUGCAGUUCGAAGCAAAGCAUCGGUGUCAAUGA